CUACCUAGGCACCUUGAAGUUAGUACCUAGGUAAUAUAUACAUAAGCGCCCUUCCACGACAUGACAAUAAAAAAUCAACGUCGGUCGGAGUGUUUGGAUAAAUGCAAAAGAUCAAAAAGUUGUUUGUAUGACAAAAUAAAAAGGUGAAAACCCUCAGGAUAGGUCGAUCUUAUCUAAUCUAACUCUUUCUAUUACAUAAUUGGAAAGAUAUUCGGCUAUCAGUGGUUUAUGACUCCAACCUAGUUAUUCAUCAAUUGAAAUAUGACUUGAAGCGAAUCUCAUGUAAUUAUUUUUUAUUUUGAGAUUUACUUUGACUCAUAUAGCAAUCUUAUACUUACCAGACUAUAACUCGACACUGUUGAAUCCUCAAACAAGAACUCAUAUAAAUUGAAGCAGUUCAGAAAAUGGCGUCCAGCAGCAAGCCUGGAGAGAAUAUGCUAUGGGGGGGUCGCUUUACCGGCGGCCUCGACCCUCUCAUGGUAGCUUACAACGAGAGUAUCCGCUUCGACAAGGCUCUGUACAAGCAAGAUAUUCUCGGCAGCAUAGCCUUUGCCCGUGCCAACUUAAAGGGCGGCAUCUUAACCGAGGAUGAGUUCACCAAGCUCGAGGCCGGCCUACAAGCCGUGAUGAAAGAAUGGGAAGAAGACAAGUUUGUCAUCGUCCCCGGCGUGGACGAAGACAUCCACACAGCCAACGAGCGCCGGCUCGGCGAGAUCAUCGGCAAGGACGUCGCCGGCAAGCUGCACACGGGCCGCAGCCGAAACGAGCAGGUAGCCUGCGACAUGCGCAUGUGGCUGCGCGACGAGCUGCGCAAGAUCGACCAGCACAUCGUCACCUUCCUCAAGGUCGCCGCCGACCGCGCCGAGCGCGAGGUCGAGCACGUCAUGCCGGGGUACACGCACCUGCAGCGCGCGCAGCCCAUCCGCUGGAGCCACUGGGUGAUGUCGUACAGCCUCGCCUUCGCCAACGACCUCGAGCGCCUGCGCGAGGUCAUCAAGCGCGUCAACCAGAGCCCGCUCGGCUGCGGUGCCCUCGCCGGAAACCCCUUCAACAUCGACCGGGACAUGAUGGCCGCCGAGCUCGGCUUCGAGGGCCUACUGUGGAACUCGAUGGGCGGCGUCGCGGACCGCGACUUCGUCGCCGAGACGCUGCAGUGGGCGGCCAUGCUCAUGCAGCACGUCUCGCGUUGGGCCGAGGACCUGAUCAUCUACUCGACGGCCGAGUUCGGCUUCGUGCGCCUGGCCGACGCGUACUCGACCGGCAGCUCGCUGAUGCCGCAGAAGAAGAACCCGGACAGCCUGGAGCUGCUGCGGGGGAAGAGCGGGCGCGUGUUCGGGCAGAUGGCCGGGUUCAUGUGCACGCUUAAAGGCCUGCCCAGCACGUACAACAAGGACCUGCAGGAGAGCUGGGAGGCGAUGCUCGACACGGUCAAGACGGUCAGCGACAGCGUGCAGAUCGCGACGGGCGUGCUCGCCACUCUCGACAUCAAGCCCCAAAAGAUGAAGGCGGCGCUCGACCCCUUCAUGCUCGCGACCGACAUCGCAGACUACCUCGUGCGGAAAGGCGUGCCGUUCCGCGAGACGCACCACAUCUCCGGCCGCGUCGUCGCGCUAUCGGAGCAGACGGACACCCCCAUGAACGAGCUGACGUACGAUCAGCUCAAGGGCGUCGACGCCCGUUUCGAGCCUGAUAUCGCGGAGUCCUUCGACUACGAGCGCAGUGUUGAAAUGCGCUCGGCUAAGGGUGGCACUAGCAAGGAUAGCGUGCUGCAGCAGAUCAAGGUCUUGAGGCAGAUGCUGGAUGGUUGAUUAUGGGGUGAUUGCCUAGGUGCCAACUGGCCUGCAUAAAAUUAUACCUGCUGCUUAUGUGCUGAGCGUACGACUACUUUGUCCCUAUAGACGAGACGUAUAGGAGGGUAAAGGGAUCUCCUAUUUCUAGGCAGUAAACUACGUGGUG